AUGGAUCACUCCGAGAGAAGUUUCAUGUACCAGCCCUCAUCUCUUCCCCGACCAGGCAGUAGUAGGAUCCCCCCGCCAACGCCCUCGACAAAAGUCUUAUAUGAAAUGCCGCCUCCAAAUACCACUACACGGCUACCGUCCUACAACACAACCCACAACACCACUACCACAACAACAAACCACAACAACCCUCCUGCUACAAUCAACAACGCCUUCUCUACGGGAAUUCCUAACUCUACUUUCACUAACUCUACUUCUGCAAUCCGCCAGCCCAAUAGCCGUAGCAAUAGUAUCUCAAGCAUGAACAACGAUUCUGCAAUGAUGCCCCCACCCUCCCAAGCCGUCACAGCAUCCCUCAAGCAAAAAUCUUCAAUCUCAGGAUCCAGCGGUUUUGGCCAGAAACGCAUCACCCUCACGGACCGCGCCGGGCAGCCCGCCAGCACAAAAUUUUCCUCCGGCACCACCACCCGCGCUGCGGGCGGCAGCAGCACGGCAUCCCAUGGACGGAGCGCGAGCGGCCAGAUGGGGAGGUCAAACUCGUCAUCGGGCUUCUCAAAGAGCGUCGGCAGCAGGCCCAAUUCAUCGCUCGGAAUACGAGGGGGGGUGCCCGCCCCCGCUCCCAGGACUGGAAUUUCGGCCCCCGGACCAAGGCCGACGAGCUCGUUGAGUGAUCGUCCGGAGAGCGGCGGCAGCGGCGGGAUUGAUCCCACUGCUGCUAUGCCGAGGCGGAAGGCAUGGGACCUAAAGGGAAGACUCGAGGACACCGAGAGUGCGAUCGAGAUGAUGAAGAGCAUGAUGAUGCAGGAACGUACAGAGUCAAACAAUAUUAAGGAGCAACUUGAGGAUCACAAGUUGAAAGCCUACCAACUCGAGACGAUGCGGGUAACCCUCGAAACGAAGAACACCCAGGUGCAGCUCGAACUCGAGAACACCAUGAAGAAGGCCUCGGAGCUCGAGAGACUCCUCGACGACGAGCGAAGAGACCGCCGGCAGGAACGGGACGAUGCAGCAAGGAGACUACGCGAUGAAACUGACGACAUUCGACGAAAGUUACGUGACGAGGUCGAGGCGCUAAUCAAAUCAAACAGGGAGGCAAUGGAGAAUUUGGAGCGAAGGGCCCGAAUGGAAAUUGAGGAUGAGCGCGCUGCAAGGCAGAGGGAGGUGCAGGAGAUCUCGACAAGGGCAGCAAUGGAAAGGCAGAAGCUGGAAAUGGAAAUGGGCGGAAGUGCACGGGAAAUCCGGGGACUGAAGACAGAGCUUGAGGCAACAAUCACCGAGCUUGAGCGGGAAAAGGCCAUGACGGCCAAUUUGAAGUCCACUCUGUCCGAGUCGUCUUCAACCACGCUCCAGCUAGAAUCAUCGGCACGUGCUCUUCGGACCCGGAUUGAGAUGCUUGAGAGCGCCGGACAGUCGCAGGCCCAGAGUUUUGCGGAAUUGGAACAGAGGCUUAGACAGGCCCUGGAGGAGACCGCGAUAGCGAAGGAGAAGCUUAGGGUUGAGGAAACCUUGCGGAGAAAGCUGCACAACCAGGUUCAGGAGCUCAAGGGAAACAUCAGGGUGUUCUGCCGUGUGCGACCAACGCUCCCAGCCGAGGCCGGCGGUGGUGCCGAAAUGCAGUUCCCGGACACGGAUAAGGAGGGCAAGGAGAUCCAGAUCAUCGGUGCGGCGGAGAAGAGCGCUCUGGGAAACGUUGUUACAAAGGCGUAUCCAUUCUCGUUCGACAAAGUGUUUGGACCCACUGCACAGAACCCGGAGGUUUUUGAGGAAAUUUCACAGUUGGUACAGAGCGCCUUGGAUGGAUAUAAUGUGUGCAUUUUCUGUUAUGGUCAAACUGGUUCCGGAAAGACAUAUACCAUGUCCUCUUCGGACGGUAUGAUUCCCAAAGCAGUUCACCAGAUCUACGAGACUGCCAAGCAGCUCGAGGAGAAGGGUUGGACGUACACCAUGGAGGGUCAAUUUGUGGAAGUUUACAACGAGAACAUCAACGAUCUUCUCGGACAGGCCGACGAUUUUGACAAGAAGAAGCACGAGAUCCGGCACGACCCGAAGGAGUGCAAGACGACCAUCACAGAUAUCAAUACCGUAGUGUUGGACAACCCGGCCAAAGUGGAGCAGAUUCUCAACCGCGCCUCAAAGACCCGGUCAGUGGCAGCAACCCAGGCGAACGAGCGUUCCUCGCGAUCACACAGCGUGUUUAUUCUGAAGCUCCGGGGCGUCAACUCGGUCACGGGAGAGAGAAGUGAGGGAACAUUGAACUUGGUGGAUCUGGCAGGAAGUGAAAGGCUGGCACACAGUCAGGCCACCGGUGACAGGCUGAAGGAGACACAGAGCAUCAACAAGAGUCUGAGCUGUCUCGGCGAUGUCAUUGCAGCGCUCGGGAAUGGAAAGGAAGGAGCCCAUAUUCCAUAUAGGAACUCCAAGCUUACAUACUUGCUCCAAUACUCACUUGGCGGUAACAGCAAAUGUCUCAUGUUCGUGAUGGUUUCGCCAAUGCAGGCCCAUUUGGCAGAGACCCUUACGUCGCUCAAGUUUGCAACAAAGGUCAACAACACCUCCAUCGGCACCGCAAAGAAGCAGUCAAAGGUGUCGGCAUAG